AUGGCAAUACAAGCGCAGUUGAGUUACAACGCCGCUCCGUUAAUCGGAACCGGUGGCUCCGAGUUUUCGCUGAUCAACAACGACGGCGGAGUCAUCAACCAACAACAAGCUCUGUUUCAUCAUCAACAGAACCGUUCUCAGAGCUUUUUAGACGUUCACAUGGAGAAACAGAGGCGAGAGAUCGAUCAGUUCAUUAGAUUACAGAGCGAGAGGUUGAGAUGUGCGUUGCAAGAACAGAGGAGGCAAGAAACAGAGACGAUCUUGAGGAAAAUGGAGACGAAAGCUUUGGUUUUGAUGGCGCAGAAGGAAGAAGAGAUGUCGAGAGCGUUGAGCAAGAACAUGGAGCUCGAGAGUCUGUUGAGAAAGAUGGAAACGGAGAAUCUGACGUGGCAGAGGAUAGCUCGUGAGAACGAAGCGAUGGUUGUAACGCUUGAGAAAGAGGUUCGAGAGAGAGCCGCCACGUGUCGUAAUGAUGAAGCGGAGGAUGAAGGGUCGUUCUGCGGAGGAGGAGAUGGGUUUGUGGAGAGGAGGAUGAGUGGUUGUUGCUGGAACUGUGGGUCUAAUGGAGAGACGAGAGUGUUAUUUCUGCCGUGUAGGCAUCUCUGUUGCUGCACUGGUUGCGAGGGAGGUUUAGCUCUUUGUCCGAUGUGUAAUACACCCAAGAAGAAUAGAGUCGAGGCCUUUGUUUUCUAGGGGAGAAGCCUUUUUUGUUUCCGGUGAACGGAGAGGUUUUUAGUCCGGGAAGAUGACGUGGCAGGGGGAUUUGGUGUUUUGGAGAAGUUUAGGGGUUGAAAAUGAAAGUUUAGACUAGGGAAAGAUAUAUCCAGAAGUAAAUUUCUGUUUUGUUUAUUUUUUUGUUUCUUUUGUAAUCAAAGGAAAGGAGAAAUCCAGCUGGAUAUAAAAGAACAUAUUCAUAUUUUCCUCGGGAAUUCGGCCAAAAAAAAC